ACAACCAAAGCAAAACAGUCGGUGCGCGACCAUCUUGUCAAAACUGGAGUCAGUGACAAUAAUAAAUAUUAUAAAAUGUCCUAAAUCGCUCGUUAUGACUUAAAUAUUAUAUUGUAUCUAAUAAAGUCUAGUGCAUAGUUCAUUUUAGUGCUGUUUUUAUUUAGUUUGCUAUUCAUUUUCCUUAAUAAUUCGGGUUUGUGCUGCGUCAAGUGACGUCAUGUGUGUGAUACACGUAUCGCUGCCGAGUUCACAGUGAUAAUGCAUGACCCGGAUGGUGACGGGGAGCCGGCGCACCACGCGCGCCGCCCCAUGAACGCCUUCUUGAUAUUCUGCAAACGACACCGUAGCGUGGUGCGCGACAAGUACCCGAAUUUGGAGAACAGAUCAAUAACCAAAAUUCUAGGCGAGUGGUGGGCAAACUUGGACAAGGAGGAGAAAGCUUGCUACACAGGUCUUGCUAAACAGUACAAAGACGCGUUCUUUAGCGCGAAUCCCGAUUUCAAAUGGUACAAGUUGCCCGCCCCGCCACUGCGCACGCUCUCAUCUCGGCCGCGGGACUCCACCGACAAGCACGAGGCCCCCAACAAUGACUAUCACGACCACGAGUACGAGAAGACAAACAAUAAUUCUACGAAAAUAGACUUCAAUAAGAAAACCAACCAUAACACUCACGAAAGUGAACCGAAACCCCUCUCGAUGUUCACGCCCGGCAAACUCGCCGACGAAGCUCAAAUGGGAGGAUUGAGCAGCCUCCUCACGCCUAAGACUGAAAAUACAACUCCAAACCCCUACUACUCACCCCCUUCCUUUAAGUUCAACUCGAUCUCAAAUUCGACGGAAUACAGAUCUCAUAAUGUAAUAGAAAAACCCAAAAUUCAGGGAGAAGAUAGUAUACGUGAACUCCAGAACGCUUUAACGGAAACCACUAAGAUGUUCGAGGACGAGUUCGAAGCGGGGAAAGAGCAUACGUUCAAUUACAACCACACCGAACCUCCAAACGACCAGAUCACUAACCAAGAUGUCAUAGACCAAAUAGUCGAUAAGCGUUUUUCAAAAGACGACGAUAGCAGGAAUUGGUCGGACGAUGAGAAGAAUUCUAAAUCGGGACGAACGUGCAAGGGCAAGCGUUACCAAGAGUUCAUGGCGGUUGGAGGGCUUCUCGUGAACAAGCGGCCGAGGAGGGACUAUCCCGAUAGAAUGGAAGAAGGCUACAACGCUACCUGUAGUUGGGAUCAAGGCUACAUACAAGAAGAAAUAGUCACUGACACUUCGAAAUCGAACACUACAAUCGAUACGUCGACUGAAAGCGAAAAAGCUGAUACAGUCGAAGCGUCCGAACCAGACAAUAAUCUAAACAAAACAUUCAAAGCUGCCGAUUUCGACUUGGACGCGAAAAUCAAAGCGCUGCCGUCGCUCAGCCUCGAGAAGUUCCAGCAGAAGAAACGUGAGAAUAAACGUAAGAAGAAAACGAUCAAUUUGAAACCUAAAGCGCUGGAAUCGUCGCAGAUAAUCAACUCCGUGCCUCGGCCUCUGAUGGACGAGCGGCGGGAGAUGGCUGAACAUUGGCGCGAACAAGUCAUCGGCAGUCAGAAACGCAAGCCAAGGAAAAUAAGCAUCACAAGACUCGAAAUCAACAGUUUAGUGUCCAACGAUAUGAACGGGGGCAACAAGAUUAGCCCUGAAAUAAAGAUAGCAACAGAAGCACCGAAUACAGUGGUGCAGAACAUGGAUAUGUGCAAUCGUUCCCCGCACAGCGUGGACCUGUUCGCGCUGGCCACGCUCGCGGAGGUCGCAGCGAACACUUCUAAAAUAGAAGAGACCACUAAAGUCGCCAAAGUGUGCGAGGACCCUUCCACGGUAUAAAAUACCGGCCUAGCCUUAAAAAGAUAUUCCAAAAAUUAUUUACUUUAUAAUCAGAAAAUAUUUAUAUAUAAAUCUACUUUUACAUUGUACGCAUAAAGAGUAAUUGUACACUUUUAAUGGUAGUUUUUAUAAACUAGAUAUAUAGACUUUAUUUAUACUAAAUAGAAGAACUAUAUGUAUACUUAGAGGUAGGCUGCGAUAUCCUGCUUUUUAGGAAGAGAUAAGGGUGAUAGUUAGUUGUCACUGAAAUAAAACAAGGCAUAAUGUAUUUUUAUGUGUAUAAAAAAAUAAAAUUUAAAAAAAAAAUACGGUAUACAGCAUGUUUUCGAUCGCCAAUUACUGAAAAGAGCUUGCUGUAUUCCGGCCAUUCAUCACAAUAUUUUUUUUAAAUGCCAAAAAAUAAGUCAUCAUAAAUAUAAAGUAAACCUCAGUAUGUAUAAAGUUAGAAUAUCCAGAUCGCCUUAAUGUUUUAGACGAUAAUGAAUCUAAGACACAUGCAUAGACUGCAUUGCAUUUUUAAGAUGAUUUUAUUGAAAAAUGCAAAAGUGCAAUUUUAAUGUACACUAUUUUUAUAUAUAUUGGUAAUGUUUACCCCUUAAGUUUUAUUAUUUUUGUGGUUAACAAUUACACGAAAAUUUUAAUGUAUUUCUUGAUCCUGUAAUUUUUCACAUAUGGUAACACAUCGAGAUUGUUGAUUUAUCCAAAUAUCAAGUAUAGGUGAUAUUACCAGGAAUAAAAACAAUCACAUUUACGAGUGAAACUCGUUACGUAUAACUUGUGAUAAUUUUUAUUUAGUUUUAGUUUGAAAAAAAACAAGUGUUUUUUCGUUUUAUUUAUCUGUUUUUCAAACACUCGUUGAUGUAUCAAGGUAUAUUUUUAAUCUAAAAAAAUUACUUUAACUAAGUAAUGUCCCAAUUAGGUACCUGAAUUAUAUCGAAAAUUUAUAUAGAAUUUGCGCCUUUUUCCAACAUCGUUAUCAUCAAAUUUUAAAUUGUCUUUUAUAUUUAUACCACAAACGUCAUAUAAUUUUUAAUGAUUUGCGGAACAGUGUUUCUCAAAUUUUUGUUGUUUUUAUUUUAUAAUGGAUUUAACGGCUUCUGUGCUAUUUUGAUUAACAGAAGUUGAGAUGGUGCGUAGCUUUCGUUUGCAGGUCUAGUCUAGUAUAGUAUUUUAAAGGAUAAAUAACGAGUACUAAAUUCUAAAGUGCACUUAUAUUAUUUAAAGAUACAAACGAUGACACAAGCCAUAAUGUGACAUGCUCAUCCAAAGACCAAAUGUAUGUAGUAUAUAGAAGCUAGGUAGUAGUUUUUAUUAUUGUAUAUUAUGUUGAAAUAAAGUAUUUACUAUAUAUAUAUCCAUCUAUUUUACAUAUAAAGUAGUGAUAGCGUAUCGGCAUUCCAAAAUGUCUAAAAUUGUCUCUGCAAGUAAAAAGUUUUGUUUGUUUUUCAACUACAUAAUAUAUUUGAUCAUGUUGAUUUAAUGUUGUCAUAAUUAUGUUAAUAUAUUUAUGCAUUGUUGUAAUUUAGCGAGCUUUCGAUGGUUCCUUGAUGAGAUUUUAUAAGCGCAUGGGGGCUUAGUGAAUUUUGAAAUCGUAUACCCGUAUUCUGUACACAGUAAUAAAUUUUUGUUUGCCUUGGAAAGUCAGAGCCUUAUAUUGAAUGGAUAUUGGAUAGGUACUAGUGUUAAGAUACCAAUGGGGCCAUGCCGAGGAAGGAAUGAGGCAUAGUAUUGUAUAUUAUCAUUUACAUCCUUUACAUUUUAUACAUUUUCUAUAAUAUGGUGAGCUUAUAUAUUUUUAAAGUGUUAUAGAAAAUAUGGUGCUGUCAGAUCUGCGUUAUGUUGAUAAGAGUUUUAAUAACAAAUAUUUAUAGUAAUAGUUGUCGAUGAUGCGCUGAUUACACUUACUGAUUGGUUUUUAAUUAUUUUCUAUUUAUUUUAACCGCAUUUUAUCGGCUUCCGAUUUUAUAAUUAUUAUGUCUUGCAAACAAAAUAAUUGAUUUUAGCGCACUAUCUAUUAAGCGUGUUAUAAUUUUAUUUAUCGCAACAGAUUUUAAUGAUAUAUCUAAUGAUGCAUCAUCGUCAACCAUUGUUAUAUCACCUUUUCUUAAAAAGAAUUCCUAUCCGAAAGGAAUUGGUGAUCGUUAUUGUUAGUCAAGUAAAGAUUUUAUCUUAUUUUUAAGAUCGCAAAUUAUUUUGUGCUGUGAGUCUAUAAAUUUUAGUUAUGUUGUUAAAGCAGGAAUAUAGUUCAGCACAAAUUUGCGUAUUACUCAUUUAUCUAUGUAUAUUGUAUAAUAUAAAAGGAAUAUAAGGUGGGGGAAAGUUGCUGUGGUUUGAGAAACACUGGUCUUUGUUUAGGGCAUAAUAAGUCAGCACCCAAAGUGUUAAGUUGGCUCCCAAAGUAUUUUGUUGAAUGUUUUGUUACAAGCAUGUGCGGUUAAUUAAAUACUUUUAUUGUAGUAAUAAAGUUUAUUCAUAUUAACAA